CCACUGUGUAUUGAAGGAAACGAACAACUAAAGCAGAGAGAGAGAGACAGAGACCAUGGCGGAACCAAGACGAUUGAAAGGUCACAAGGCCACCGCCACCUGCUGUAUCGCCUCUCGUCAUCGCCCUGGUCUCGUUGCUACUUCUGGCGAGGAUGGUUGUGUUUGCUGGUUCGAUAUGCGAUGCAAAGAUGUGUUAUUUGUCAUGGAUUUGGGGAGCAAUAAUCCUAUUUCGUCUUUAUGCUUCAAGCAAGGAAAUGAAGAUAUCAUAUAUGUUUCCUCCGGAAAUGAAGUCAAGUGUUUUGAUGUGCAUCUGGCUGACUCGUGGAAGCCGUUAGAGAGCUUCAACUAUAACAAAGAGGAGAUAAACCAGAUUGCCUGCAAUUCAAAGUCAUCUUUCCUUGCUACUGCAGAUGAUGGAGGCGAUAUUAAGAUCAUUGACAUCCAGCAGCAAUGCCUAUAUAAAACAUUAAGAGCUGGCCACACAAGUAUUUGUAGCAGUGUUCAAUUCCUUCCUUGGAGACCAUGGGAGGCCAUUACUGGUGGCCUUGAUUCAAAACUUAUUAUGUGGGAUUUCUCCAAAGGACGCCCAUGCAAAGUUUUGGACUUUGGCAUCCAUGAAGUAGGCAGUAGUGGUAAUAUGGGACAGUCUUUGAACCCUGCUUUUGUCCAUGCAAUAGCAGUUCCUGAAGUUGAUAUGGUAGAUAAAUUAGACAAGAUAUGUGUUGCAGCUAGGGGUGAUGGCGUUGUCAGUGUCGUUAAUAUCGAAUCAGAAAUUGCUUCAAUUAAGUCAAAAAGUUCCCUAAAACCCCAGAAGGGUUCACAGUCAAGGUCAAAAGGUAAUGUUCCAUCUGCAGAUACCAAAAGCCAAGAUCAAGUUGGAAGAAACAAUUUGCAUUUGGAUUACAUUCUUGGAGGGCAUACUGCUGCAGUAUCCUGCGUGUAAGUAACUCAGUAAUGGAAAUUAUCAGGUGCGGUGUAGUUUAAUUCCUUCAGUAAUAUCAUUACAUUCCUAUUAGGGCCUUUUCAAUGUUUGGCGAGAAAGGGAAGUUCAUACUAUCAGGUGGAAACGAUAAAUGCAUCAAGGUUUGGGAAUGGGCCAAAUACUUUAAUGCUGGUCAAACUAGCCAUGAGACUGAUCUUCGACCUCUAAAUAUUAAUUUGAGCAAAAAAGUCAAUUGGCUUUGCACCACUCCAACUGAUACAGAAAACCUUGUUGUCUGCGACACAUCCAAAGUGGUGAAGGUUUAUACUAUUACAUAAAUCACUGCACAAUUUUGUACUUUUGCGGGAAAAUUCCAAGAAAGCAAGACCUGGUGUACUUGCAAAGGUUGCUGCUCGUAUGGAAUGUGUUCAUUCUUGCAAGACCCGUGAUUUUUUACCAGAUGUGUGAUUUUUACUGUGCUUGGUUGGUGCUCAAACUAUUGUCGGGUGAGUACCCUUGCGCCGUGCUUGUAACUGGACUACUGGGCUAGGGGCAUUCUCUACCUGAGCUUGGAGGAAUGGUGGUUAUUUGGAUGUGAUUCAGAAGAUUUAGAUACCUGUUACAAUACCAUAUUGGAAAUCUUAAAAUGCGAAGCUGUUCAUGGUUUUGACUGACGUCUGAUGAAAGUAUAGAGAUGUAGAAGAUAAAUAGCACUGAUAUCUGUAUCUUGGCUUAUUACAAGCAAGCAAUCAUUUGAGAAAAUUGUGUUGUUGUUUUCAAGCACAAUUAUGUAUGUAUAAAUCUUAAUCUUCUGUCAGGACGACUGCUAAAUGUUUAUUUUCUGGCUGUUGGACAGCUCUGAGCUGCAUGAGAAGUUCGAUACCUACAAAUCAG